AUGGCUGCAUAUGGUAAACAAGGGAAGAGAGUGAACAGCGAGGCUGCAAAUACAAUAAAAAAAAGGGCCAAAAUCCUGCCACCAAUGACAACUUGGUUAGACAGCGGAAAAUGGGGUAAGGAUCACGUUAGGUGUAUAUUUGAAGGAUCACGGGAGAAGAAGACAACUGCGGAAAAGACAACAGGUGUCCAAGAUUUAUUCAAAGAAAGGCUAGGUGCAAUAAUUAGUGGGAGGGCUGUAUUUUACUUUUUUUUACACUAUGGGAUACGCGAUUUACCAUUUGACCACAAGAAGUUAAACGAAGCGUUUAAUGAAGCAUAUACAAAGUAUCAGGAUCUAGCUACGCCAAAAAGGUUUGAAUCUAUAAGAGAGUAUAUUAAGGAAAACCUAGGCUUACACAUAAGCAAAAAUGAUACUUCUUGUGGCAUUCAAUUUCGCGACAUAUUAUCUAAAGUGUAUGGAUCCUUGAAAGAGCCCGAAUCAAACCUUCAAGACAUUACGGGAACCGACAAGAGAAACGUGCUUUCCGAUAGAGAUGAAGCAAAAAAUAAACAUGAUGAAGAGGAAUCGACACAAUUCAAUGUCUCACAUGAUACUUCCAUCAUCGAGGAACCGAUGUUGCAAAAGCUGAAUAAAUCUAGGCAUGACUUGACGAUAGUAGCGCCCGCUGGUCAGUCCUCGCAGAAUAAUAUUUUUAAUAUAAUUGACCAGAUUCCAAUAAGUGAUUCCUUUAAAGAAGAGAAGAUCUUAAUUGAAAACGAUAAAAAAACAAACGACAAUGAAGAACGGACUACGAGUGUACCUCAAUCUUCAGAUAAAGUGCAGCCUGUCCAUAAACUUUCUCUUAAUAAAGAAUCGAUUGCAUUCGACAAUUUGAUUUAUCAGAUCAUGAUUGCUAGCAAGCCCGAUACUUUUUAUAGGAAUAAGCUUGACAAUUUGAGUCACAGCUCGUAUUGGACCUUCGAGCUUAAUAAAAUUUUAAUCGAAACAGUUGAAUAUCUAUCACUGAAAGAAAUCUCUUCAGAUAAUUCAACCGUUGAAAUUGGAAGAAAGAACAUCGUUAAUCUUAUCGUAGUUAGAGUAAAACGCGAUCUCAAGAUGAAUAUGAAACCUCUUACAAUCAGAAAGAGGCUCAUUACAAUGAUGGAACUCGAUGUCUUUAGUAAAAGAGGAGCGAAAUUAAUCCAUGAUAUUAUUACGCCAAAUGCGAAAAAUUAA